AUGUCCAGCUUUAAUGAAACCAUGACUCAGAUCAAGAAGCUGGAAGAGAGGGCCCUGGAAGAGUUCAGGGUGAUCAUACAGCAAGGACCAAGCUGGCUUGAGUUCUCAGAGAUGAUGGAUCAGCCAGACUAUGACUUGGAGACCUUUGUGAACAAGGCAGAAUCUGCCCUGACACAGCAGGCUAAGCAGGCUAAGCACUUCCCAGGCCUUCGAGAAGUUAUCAAGGCCCUGGGCCUAGCCAUGCAACUGGAAGAACAGAUAGAGCAAUUUCUCAAGAAGAUAUACCAAUUCCUGUUUACCCACAGUGAAGAUGUAAAGGAUACCCCUGCCAUAGAACAGCUGACUAAGGAAGACUUACAAGUGGUACAUAUAGAAAUCCUGUUCAGCCAGCUGGCUGUAAAUGUGAAAUCUCUUUUCAAAAUGAGUUUUUACAUUUUUAAACAGGUUCGGCAAGAUUUUGAGCAGGCUUUUCCAUUAUACUUCGUGUCUGAUGUGGAAUUAACGGAGCUACACCCCCUACAUUUAUCUAAAGAGAUAACCAGAAAGGAAGAGCUUCGGCAAAGGUAGAACAUACCAGUCUUCCAGCUGUUUCAUAAUUUCAGUCUCUCUAUUUGUGGGAGAGUCCAAGAAAUAAUACUGAAGACACUCAAUGAAAUUGAAGACUCUGGGAAUCGCAAAAAGGCCAAGUUAGACCAUAGAGGUAUGACUUCAGUGAUGUUACCUAAGCAAAAUGGAGAAAUGUGUGAGGAAUUUGGCAAGAAUUUAUCUGGAUGUUUCAAAUUUCAUAAGAGAUACCAAAAAUGUCACAACUACCUAUCUUAA